UACAGCUUGCUACAAAAUCACAAUUUCAAGAUUGGUCGCACUCCAGGUGGUAGGUCUACAAUCCACCCUUGUGACCAUGUUUUUCAACUGAGCUGUCGUUGGGGACCGUUGGCAGCUGCUCCCAUCACCGACCUGCACGAUGUAGGCAAUGACCACACAUGCUUUAUGAUGUAUUAUUGUGCUUUAUUGCUUUAUGAUAAUUCUUGUUUCUACUAGCUUCUUGUUACUACUAGUAAGGCACUUGUUACUAGUAGCGAUGCACUUGUUCCUAGUAGUGAUGAGAGUAGGGCGAUGUACGGAGGAUGCUUUGCAGAAGAUCUGGCCCAAAAGUUGCUGGGACAUGCUGUUCCUCGGAAUGCGCCAUGGGUAGCAAUCACUGCAAAUGUGAAUCCUGUGAAGAAUUUGAAGCGGAUUUCCCUGGCGUGCUGGUGCCCACGGAAUUGGUGAUCCCUCAAAAAGCCUUUGGUGACACUGCCGCUGAAGACGAUACGCAAGACACCGCCGAAGAUGACGCUGCAUUCACUCAAGGAGAUUCUGCAUUCAUUCAAGCUUCUGUGGGCAGCCUUAGCAAACAUACGGGGCCCGGGCAUUGUGCUUGUCAUUGUCAAGGUGAGGACCUACGGUUUCAAGGAGGUCCACUUGGAGUGAAAGGCGAAGGUCUCGAUUUGGAGCUCACGCCACUUGAAUUCGGGCGUGACAACGAACUAGUGCAUAGGGAGGUCUCGCCGCUUCUGCUGGCGUUGGAUGGGAAGUGGUAUCUCAAAAGCAAUGAGAGGUGCAUUUGCGCGAUACAAAGCUCUGAGGUCUAUUUUCAUCAUGACACUUCUUUAAAGGACACGGUUCACUUUGUGGUCCAGGAAGGGCCAAAUCUGGUGUCACUCCGAAUGAUGAGGCAGACCUUUUAUGGCGAGGUCUCAUUGGAUGCACAAGCGACCAUCACCUGGAACCACGGCGAGGUUUGGAUCAAGCAGUAAGCCACCUCUGCAGAUCGACCACUGGCAACUGAGUUCAUUGAGACAAAGGACAACCGUCAUGAAAGAUCAGCAACAAAGUGCAGGCUUUGGUAUUUAUUUGUGUUCUGAACUUCUUUUUUUUUUUCUGGGAUGCCUUUUAGACAAGAGUUGACAAACGACAUCCCAAGCUCCUUCAGGGGCGGCAGUCAUUUACCAACACCCGCUAAUCUUCUUGAAGACACACGAGACUGCAGCUGCCAAUUUUCGAUGGUGAAAGUCCAUGGUUGGUGAGGCUAAGUGCCAAUUGAUCAUUGCGAACCGGACGGAUGCUCGUUAAUUGAAGCUGUUUCUGCUGGUCUUCUAAUGGCUUUGGCAGAUUUGGGGCAAUGAGAAAUGACCAAGUUUGACAAGCCCGUCGCCAAAGUUGAGCAAGCAGUUUCAUUGCUGUGGGCAUACUACUGUAAUUCUACAUGAUUCGCUUUGAUAACGCCUGUGGCAAGCAACAACAGAAGGUGUCAUUGUCAACGCAACAUGUAUUUGACAUUGUAGACAGUUGCGUCGGCACUGGCCAAGACGUUUACUACACGUGGUCGUGAAGACUCACGGAAACACUGGCAAAGAGCCCUCUCACAGAUGGAAAGACUGACCUCGGCCGUCUUCCUGAGAAUCUCCAGCAAGCCAGCCUGUCGACGUACAUUUGCACAAAGGCUUUGACUCAGAAACCACUGCCGGGC